UUUGCUGGAAUCAGUCGUAAUAUACGCGUAUAUCGUUCUACGGACUCGUAUCUUUGAAGUCUACCACAAUGAAUCCCGUCGACGGUCAAAAGCUUCCCAAGAAGCGCAAGCUUGUAGACCGUAACCUUCCUCCAUCCAUCCUCGCAGACCCCACAUUCGCACUCGACUCCAAAAUGUACCAAGACCUCGUAGAGAUGGAGAAGAAGCUUGACUGGACUAUGAUGCGAAAGCGGACGGAGGUACAGGACGCCUUGGGCAGGACUGCCAGUUCAACAAGAACGCUCCGACUAUUUAUCUCUCACACUGUCUCCGGUCAGGCAUGGCAGACCGCAGAAGCAGGCGGCGAACCCAGUUUCGAGACAGGACAGGGCAUUCCGGCGUGGCAAUUCAAGAUUGAAGGCAGACUACUAGAGCUGCCGAAUCAACGAUCAAGAGACAAGGCUCCGCAUCGAGCUUUCUCUACGUUCAUCAAGCACAUGCGCGUUGAGUUCGACAGAGACGUCACAUUGUACCCCGAUGGAAAUAUCGUUGAAUGGCACCGCGGCGCAACACAUGCACCGCUUGACGGAUUCACAAUCCGACGCAUGGGCGACCAACCCACCAAAGUUCGUAUCCUCCUGCACGUAGAACAUUACCCAGAGCAAUUCAAGGUCCAUCCGGACCUUGGAAGCGUGCUCGGUAUCAAGGAGGACAGCCGUGCUGGUGUCAUUCAGACGCUGUGGAACUACAUCAAAAUCAAUGGGCUGCAGGAUAAAGCGGAUAGGAAACGAAUACAUAUCGAUGCUGCACUGCGACCUAUCUUCCAAGUCGACGCCAUUCCAUUCCAUAUUCUUCCCGACGUCGUCAACCGCUUCCUAGGCCCCCCCGAAGCCAUUACCAUACACUACACGAUCAACCCUCAGCAACCGCCACCAGAACGACCGCAGGCGUUGGAUAUAGAGGUGAAGAUGGAGGAUUUGGCGUUGAAGGCGAAGAUGACGAAUGUGACGGUGGGCGUGCAGAAGGAGGGAGUGAGAGAGAUUAUGCAGAUAGAUGAGAAGAUCGCCCUGCUCGCCCAAUCGCUACACUCAUCGAUCCUCAAGAAACAGUUCAUGCAAGCCUUCGCAGACGACCCGGCCAAAUUCAUCCAGACUUUCCUCGAGUCACAAUCGAGAGACCUGGAAAGUAUCCUGGCCAGUGGACCGAGCGAGGGUGCGUCGGUGCGGACUGAGGAUCUGCACAGAAGCGAUUUUUGGAAGAUGGGCUGGGUGGAGGAGGCGGUUGCUGUCUGGGACGGAAUUCGGCUUGCUGCGAAACCACUGGGCCAGUCUUAGGUUGUCACUCAGAGCGAACUGUGAUUCUGAGAUUGUGUCGUUUUGAUGUUGAAGUUGGACCGAGCGGACGGCACGGACCAGCGAGUAAUUAUUCUUUGUUUUUCUGUACUUGUGCAUCC